UAAAAUCUAAAUUCUAAAAUCCCUAGCGACCAGAAGAACGACUGAGCGACUCAGCCAAACACUUUGACGACGCUGAGAAUCUGCGAAUUUGGAACGAGUUAUCUGGAUUAUAUAUGGCAGGAAAAGACAGAAUUAGUGAACUCCCCUUGGGUAUACUUGACAAUAUUUUGGGAUUUUUGCCGAUUCAAGAUGCUGCUAGAACUGCAAUUUUAUCUUCCUUCUGGAAGGAUAUCUGGCUUAGUCUGACAAAGCUCAACUUUGGUUAUGGUUUCAUUAAUUAUAUACGUCUUAAGUAUGCUGAAGGUGGGAAGUUGCAACUCCUUAUUUUUGAUGUAAUCUACAAAAUUCUCAUGCGGCACAGUGGACCUAUUCACAAAAUUGUCUUAGACUUUUCUGAAGAAGAAUUUGAAUUCAAUUUCAAUGAAGAAUUUGAUCUUGAGGAUAUACCUAAUUUGUCGAACAACUUGAAACAGUGGUUUCUUCUUCUCACCCAGAAUGGUGUUGAAGAAAUUGACAUUUCUGCUUCUGUAGAAGCACAAUGCCGGGUGCCGAAUUGCAUAUUUUCUUGCCCAACACUGAAGAGAUUGAAACUUUCUACUGUCCCUCUUGAACUAAUAAAUUGUGUACUUCCGAAUGUUACAUCACUUUGUCUUGACUGCGUUGACUUUGAGCCUACAAAUCGUAGGGAUUAUGUUUAUCAUCUUCCUAUGCUUGAGGAUCUCUCAUUUGUCUAUUGCUAUGGCAUAUUUGAUUUUAACAUUGUUGCACCAAAACUUGGUAGUUUGAAAAUCGACCUGCCCGAGUGUUUUUGUUAUGAUUUCAAAGAAUUUGGUGUUCUGCCGGCUAGCUUGGACUUGAGAUCUAUAUCAAGUCUUGAUUUGGGUUGUGAAACUUGUUGCUUUGAGACGAUUAUUGGAAAACUUACUAGAGUGGGACAUGCACCUGCACUAAACAUUGAACUCCUUAAGCUAGCUAUAUAUCCGCCAUAUAAUAUAAAUAAUUUUGCAUUCAUACAUCUGCUGCGAGCAUGCCCAAAAUUAUGCGAACUUGAUAUAUGCCAUCUAGAGUUUUUGAAGUUAAAUCCAGAGGAUUUUGUGCUUAUGGAGGAACUCAGCAGUGUGGCUCGAACACUGAAAAUGCUUCGCACUUUGAAGUUUAGCCAUUUUAAUGGGUGGAGGUCUGAAAUGCAGUCUAUUAAGGUGUUCCUUGCUUACUUUCCAGGAAUUGAGAAGGUUGUCAUUGUUCGACGUCAGAUUCGCUAUGACAAUGAUAAAGAAUUUAAAAUUAUGCAAGAACUUUUACGUUUCCCUCGAGCCUCUACAAAAGCAGAAAUUUUUUACAUAAAGGAAUCUUAAUUUUAUGUUGUUUCCUUAGUACGUAAGUUCUGUAUUGUGUAAUGGUUUGUGAGAAUGCUUAUUAGGUUUGAAUAUACUAUCACAAGUGUAGUUGGGUUUAUGGUGAAUUAAUUGUUUGUUCCCGGUAUUAUA